UUUUUUUUCUUUCUGCCUUCAUUACAGCUGUGAUAUUAUCCUGAUAACAGUUGCUGGGAUGAAACUCCUCCGCUCGUCAUUCUGUAAUCCUAUUAAUCAAUUUGUUACUUUGAGCUUUACUGUAAUAUUCUUCCGAUUUGACUAUAGAGAUAUUUCAGAAAAUUUCUUGCUGGAUUUCUUCAUGAUGUCCAUCGUGUUUCAUAAGCUAUGGGACCUACUGCAGAAGUUGCAGUUCAUCAUGACGUACAUUGCUCCUUGGCAGAUUGCCUGGGGAUCAUCGUUCCACGUUUUUGCUCAGCUCUUUGCAAUACCUCAUUCUGCUAUGCUUUUUUUUCAAACUCUGGCCACUUCAGUCUUUUCUACACCACUGAGUCCAUUUCUUGGUAGUGUCAUCUUUAUCGCAUCAUACGCAAGACCAGUCAAGUUCUGGGAAAAAAACUACAACACCAAAAGAUCGGACCAUUCCAACACCAGACUGGCAAUUCAGAUCGAAAAGGAUGCAGGAGACGAUGACAACAAUCUCAACUCCAUUUUUUAUGAGCAUUUGACAAGAUCUCUGCAGGAGUCUCUUUGUGGAGAUUUGAUUCUGGGCCGCUGGGGAAACUACAACACAGGAGACUGUUUUAUUCUGACAUCGGAUUAUUUAAAUGCCUUUGUGCACUUGAUCGAAAUUGGAAAUGGCCUCGUCACCUUUCAGCUUAGAGGGCUGGAAUUUCGAGGGACAUAUUGCCAGCAGAGAGAAGUGGAAGCUAUAACAGAAGGAGAUGAAGACAACGAAGGCUGCUGCUGCUGUAAGCCCGGGCACUUCCCUCACUUGUUAUCAUGUAAUGCAGCCUUUAACCUCCGAUGGCUGACAUGGGAAAUAACGCGAACCCAGUACAUCCUGGAAGGAUACAGCAUCAUUGACAACAAUGCUGCAACCAUGCUACAAGUGUUUGAUCUGCGGAGAAUACUUAUCAGAUACUAUAUAAAGAGUAUAAUAUACUUUACAGCAAGUUCUUCCAAAAUCCUUGACUGGAUAAAAGAUGAAUCUAUCCAAAAGAUACUGCAGCCUUAUGCAAAGUGGCAUUAUAUUGAACGUGACCUUGCAAUGUUUAACAUUAACAUAGACGAAGAUUAUGUUCCGUGUCUCCAAGGAAUAACUAGAGCCAGUUUCUGCAGUGUUUAUCUGGACUGGAUUCAGUUCUGUGCUAGGAAAAGGGCAGAGCACCUGGACAGUGAUGAGGAUUCUCCUCUAGUGACGCUUUCCUUUGCCUUGUGCAUACUGGGUCGAAGAGCUUUGGGAACUGCAGCUCACAACAUGGCUAUCAGCUUGGACUCUUUUCUCUAUGGGCUCCAUGCACUGUUCAAAGGAGACUUUCGGAUAGCAGCAAAAGACGAGUGGGUCUUUGCAGACAUGGAUCUGUUGCAUAAGGUGGUUGCCCCGGCAAUUCGAAUGUCUCUGAAGCUACACCAGGACCAGUUCACCUGCCCAGAUGAGUAUGAGGACCCAGCAGUUUUGUAUGAAGCAAUUCAAUCUUUUGAAGAAAAGGUGGUUAUUUGUCACGAAGGAGACCCAGCCUGGCGCAGCGCUGUGCUCUCCAACAGAGAGGAGCUGCUGACCCUGAGACACGUGGUAGAUGAAGGAGCAGAUGAAUAUAAAGUUAUCAUGCUCCACAAAAGCUACUUGAGCUUCAAGGUUAUCAAGGUCAACAAGGAGUGCGUCAGAGGGCUCUGGGCCGGACAGCAGCAGGAACUGAUUUUCUUACGCAAUCGCAACCCAGAGAGAGGAAGCAUCCAGAACAAUAAACAGGUCUUGCGGAACUUAAUUAAUUCUUCGUGUGAUCAGCCACUGGGAUACCCAAUGUACGUUUCCCCUUUAACCACCUCGUACCUUGGGACACACAGCCAACUGAGGAACAUCUGGGGGGGACCUGUCAGUUUGGACAACAUUACAAAAUGGUUCAGAUCCAAAUGGCUAAGGAUGCGGAAGGACUGCCAUGCAGCUCACCACGAGAGAGGUAACGUUGAAGAGGCGGACAGUGGAGGGGGGUCUUCGUCUAGCAGCAACUCCACAGGCAAUUCAAGCCAGAGCAGCAGCUCGCAGCCUACCAGAGAUGGAACCCCUCAGCUGCAAGCUUUGUCUCAAGAGGUCCACCAGCGUGCAGGCAGGAGAAAACCCAGGAGUCAGUCUGUCCAGGCACACACCGCUUUAAACCAAAGGCCCCCUGCUUCAAGUCACUCUGGACCAAUUGCAGAAAGCCGCCAGCCUUUCAUCCAAACAUCUACAUCUGCCCAUGAAAUUGCCCAAAGGCUUUCUAGUAGUCAGCUGUCAUUCCACAAUUCGGCAACAUCUGUGUUCUCCCAGUCCCCUGCCGCCCCUGUUGCGGGCCAGCUGACUGUGCAGGACCGAGCUGCAGCAAUGCUCCGGUCCAGCCUGGCCUCUUCCACCAGCUCAACUCUCAGCCUGCUCUUCGGCAAGAGGAGUUUUUCAAGUGCUUUGGUGAUUUCUGGGCUCUCAGCUGCAGACGGAGGUAACACCAGUGACACCCAGUCAUCCAGCAGCAUGAAUAUCGCCAUGGGUCCAUCCGCUAGAGCAGCAACUCAAGCAGCUCGGCAAGUCACUGAGACCUGUGAAGCCACCGACACUACAGAACCCAGACCGCGGCGAGAGGCAGGUCCAGCCCAUGCCAUAUUCCUCAGUCAGAACCUGGAAUGCAGAAGGGCCAGCCAAGAAGAUAUGGCCCUGGAAGACACCACUUCUCAGCAAAGCCUGUCCGAGGAGCAGUAAGGAGCAUUCCUCGCAAAAGGGCCACGUGCUGCUUAGAGUUAAAGACAGAGUUAGGUCAGGGAGCUGCACCUGGGUUUAGGUUCUUUCAAAUGUAACAAGCAACCUCCAAAUGUUUAUUUUUCUACCUUCUACACAAGAAUACUACAAGGCAGGUGUUCUUCAGCUAAAGGCCUUGGCAUGGGUAGGGUUGGAAGUUGUCCUACAAAACACACAGUGCCACUUCAUCUCAGGUUCUUGUAAAUCCCAGAGCAAUGGAUACAACCUGUUUAACGUUCCUUCCUCUGGAAAGGUUGGAGUCACAAAUGAAUACGGUGGGAAA